GUUGUGAUUUAUGUGGAGGGCGUCGAUGAAGUCAUCGAACAUGGCCUCAAAAGCGGAAAACCAACAUCUGCGCCCUGCCUCUCAAUGAAUGCCUCAGUUCUCUGGAAUGUGACCUGCUUCUUUCCGAGCUAUGUGGGCAACGAAUAUUUCUCUGAAGGCAUUGUGUACGCCCUGGCUGAGACCAGCAUGCGUGUGCGAUGCUCCAUCCCUGCCGGCGCAGCCGUGACUGCAUCAUCUGGAGGCUUGCAAUUCAACCUGAACUUGCAGAUUGAGAAGUCUGUAAUGGCCUUGUCCUUCCGAUCGCGCCCGGACACAGGGAAAGGCAAAAUCGUGGCUUGCUCAAG